GCAACGUGAGAUGCGCAGAAUAAAACGUUAGUCCUGCUACACAGGCAAUCUCACAUACAGCGAAAAAGACAAAACACCCACUCCAGCGGAGCUCAAGCCUAGCUCCCUUUUCAAGUCAAGUCUCUACUCACUCUCCUCCCCCUUUCUUCUCUCUAUACGUAUACGUAUACAUAAAACGUAUGUAUUAAUUUUCAUUCACGAGUCUCUUGUCACAAUUCUGAAGAUCUGAAGUAGCUAACUCAUCUACAUCACCAAAUUGUAGCAUAAUCUGUGUUUAUACUUUAUAUAUCACUAUAUACAAACUGUAUAUUAUGUAGAUCACAAGUUAGUUAAGAAAUGAGAAGUGAACAAAUGAAGCGAAGGUCAUCGAGCUUCUCCCACAAAUCUCAGCAAUAUAGAUGGAGGCGAAACUUGUUUGCUUUGCUUCUCUUUGGCUUAUGUUGUUUUUUCACUUUAUUAAUAUUCGAAGCUCAAUAUACUCGGAUCAAAUUGUUUGCUUCUCUUUAUCGUCAUAAUUCUCCUCCGCUGCCUCAAUUCCCUAAGAUUGCCUUCUUGUUUAUCGCGCGUAAUCGCCUCCCUCUCGACAUUGUUUGGGAUGCUUUUUUUCAGGGCGACGAGGAUAACAAGUUUUCAAUUUUUGUUCACUCUAGGCCUGGAUUCCUAUUUAACAAGGCAACAACAAAAUCUGUAUAUUUCUUGAAUCGCCAACUUAAUGAUAGCAUUCAGGUAGAUUGGGGAGGAUCAAGCAUGAUUGAAGCAGAGCGUAUUUUACUUCGACAUGCACUCGAAGAUCCUAGUAAUGAACGUUUUUUGUUCCUUUCGGACAGCUGCUUGCCGUUGUACAACUUCAGCUACACAUACGACUACAUCAUGUCAACUUCAACUAGUUUUGUGGACAGCUUUUCUGAUACAAAAGAAGGUCGCUACAAUCCGAAGAUGCAUCCUGUGAUUCCUGUUCAUAACUGGAGGAAAGGAUCUCAGUGGGCUGUGCUAACCAGAAAGCAUGCCCAUAUUGUGGUUAGAGAUGACUCUGUCUUUCCCAUGUUUCAGUUGCAUUGCAAGAGAAAAUCAUUGCCUGAGUUUUGGCGGGAUCAUCCUCUUCCAGCUGAAGGAUGGAAGGAGCAUAACUGUAUACCAGAUGAACAUUAUGUCCAGACCUUAUUAGCUCAAGAAGGCCUUGAAGGAGAAAUUACAAGAAGGGGUGUGACUCAUACUUCAUGGGAUGUAAAAUCCUCCAAAGUUCGUGAACGGCAAGGAUGGCAUCCUGUGACAUAUAAGUUAGCUGAUGCUACUCCCUCACUCAUCCAAUCUAUAAAGGAUAUAGAUAAUAUCAAUUAUGAAACUGAAUAUAGAAAAGAGUGGUGCACUAGCAAAGGAAAACCAGCACCAUGCUUUCUUUUCGCAAGGAAAUUCACUCGGCCUGCAGCUCUGAGGCUUCUCAAUAUGUCUGUCUUGGGAGUCGUCAGUCAAGCAAGAAGUAAAUCCUCAGAGAAAUGAAGCAUAUAUUAAUAGUGAGUCAGUGCCAUGUAGGUAUGUAACUAGGCAACAAGCAUAAAAAGUAUUAGAUAGAUUUCUAAUGUUAACAAUAGAAAAGGAAAAUUUGUAUAAAGAAAGUAAUGAAUCGAAUUAUCCAGUGAAAGUGUCUCUUUUCCUUGCAUGCAAUGUACAUGACCAAUAAUGAUACAUUUUUCUAAUACUUGGAGUCAUUCAUCAGUAAAUUUGAUUGCAUGCCUAUUAGGCUCCCAAUCGUAUUAUCACU